UCGUUACGCUUGAGUAACGCUUUUCAUAAUCAGAUGCAUCCGGCGGGUGCAUAAAAAUCGUCAAAAUAAGUUCGAAUGGAAACCCAAAAUAUAGAUCGAUCAUCACCGGAAGUAAUAUAAUCCACCAUAAUCUCGAGCCCUAAAAGAACACCAAUGGCAUCAAGCUUGCUUCAGAACCGACCGCAGUACGAGCAGUUGUGCAAGGAUUACCUGAACUUGAAAAUAAUGGCCGGGAAUUGUAGUGCACGCGAACCGGAAGUGAUACAAAAAUUCAAAAAUUAUCUGAAAAGUGAAGUAAAUUCCGUUAGAAAACUAGAACGUGCUCUUGGUUUGGAGGAUGUACUCUGCUUGUUAGAAAGAAGAAAUCUGUUGAGUAUGCUAAAAAUAAGACUAUUGAUACAGUUAGAAGGAUGCUUAGAGGACAUAGAUUAUUCUAAACUUUUGGGAAAAUAUCGAAUAUCAUUGGAGGAAAACUUUACCAUCCUGAGACGCUUCUACCUUGAAGAUCUUCGUCAUCGGGAUCGUCGGACACUUCUGGAGAAGGAAAUAGAACAAGCAAAGCUGGACAACCCUAGCCAAGCAGAACCGCUGUCGUAUGAAACGCCGAAGGUAACAAAUGAUCCGAGACCACCCAGCAGUCACGACGCAGGCGAUAGAUUUAGUCAGCAUCGUCAGGCAAUCUUCACUUUACUUAGCAAGGAGAUAGGUCGCAAGUGGCAUACGUUUGGGCGGCUAAUGCAGCUGAGCGAUAGUAGUCUGGAGGAAAUCGAAUUCCGACAUCCAAGGAACGUUAAGGCCAUUGUUGGCGAUAUUUUGGAAUCGGCCGAAAGGGAACAGAGCGAGAACGGUCAGAACAAUUUUGUGGGUGUUCUGUUGGAAGCUUUGGUCGAAUUUAGACGAAAAGAUUUAAAGAACAAAAUCGAAAAACUAGGAAAUCUACUAGCGGACAGUGACUAA